AUGGGCGAUUGUCCGCAGCGCGGCUCGCCCUGGCCAGGCGCGGAGCCGUCAGCGGCUGCCCUCCCCGGGCACUGGCUCCUGAGGGCCCAGCCCGGGGUUGCACCGGGUCAGCUCAGUCCGGCGCCGCCCGGGACGAGAAGAGCGGAACUCUGCCCGCCGCCCCGGGGCGGGGCCGCCACCAACGCCUGCCGCUUCCCUCCCCCACUCCGAGGCGCGGCCCCGCCCUCCACGCCCCGGCGGACUCGGGACCGCCUCUUCCUGGUGGGCGGGGCCGCGCAGAGCCUUCCGGUGGGCGGGGCCUAG